AUGGCACCAUCCGCAACCUUCGUCGAGCCUACUACCCUCCCUCACAAGGAUGGCGUUCCUGCUGGCAAUGGAAAGGUCCAGGCCAAGGGAGAUGUUCAGGUUGCCAACGGCAAAUGGGAGAGCUUUACUUUUGACCCCAUUAGGGAGUCCCAGGUCGCCCGUGCCAUGUAUAGCCGAUACUUCAAGGACCUCGACACCUAUGCCGAGUCCGACAUCGUCAUCGUUGGCGCGGGCUCCUGCGGUCUGAGCACUGCUUACACCCUUGCCAAGGCCCGUCCCGAUUUGAAGAUUGCCAUCAUUGAGGCUAGCGUCUCUCCUGGUGGUGGUGCUUGGCUCGGUGGCCAACUUUUCAGCGCUAUGGUGAUGCGCAAGCCUGCUGACAAGUUCUUGGCCGACCUUGGUGUGCCCUUUGAGGACGAAGGGUCCUACGUGGUUGUCAAGCACGCUGCGCUCUUCACAUCGACCCUGCUGUCGAAGGUCUUGGCUUUCCCCAACGUCAAGCUCUUCAACGCUACUUCUGUCGAGGAUCUCAUCACUCGCCGUGAUGAGUCCGGCAACAUCCGAAUUGCUGGUGUUGUGACCAACUGGACUCUUGUCGCCAUGCACCACGACGACCAGUCUUGCAUGGACCCCAGUACCAUCAAUGCACCAGUCAUCAUCAGCACCACUGGCCACGACGGUCCUUUUGGCGCCUUCAGCGUCAAGCGUCUUGUCAGCAUGCAGGCGAUCGAGAAACUUGGCGGCAUGCGUGGAUUAGACAUGAACACUGCCGAGGACGCCAUCGUGAAGGGUACCCGAGAGAUCGUGCCGGGCUUGAUCGUAGGCGGCAUGGAACUUAGUGAAGUUGAUGGAGCCAACCGUAUGGGACCAACCUUCGGUGCGAUGGCCUUGUCUGGUGUGAAGGCUGCCGAGGAAGCUUUGGCGGUUUUCGACCAGCGCCAGAAAGAGAAUGCCAUUUAG